CCCGGCUGACCCCUCUGGUACUUCCCAGACGCUACGGCGGCAGGGGGCAGGACGUCGACUAGCGGCCAUUCAGCUUGCAAGCAGAAGCUGGGGAGAGAGAGAUACGGAGCACGCACUGAUAUCCUGCCACGUAAAAGGCUUGUCGGCGGUGACGAUCAUCCUCUGUCCUCCCGCCUCCUCGCGUUGCAGACUGCGUACGUGCGCCAGAGCGAUGUCCCGGACGUCGAUCCACGGUCCGCCGCCAACGGGCGAUGCCGGGUUCGUCAGGCCGUUGUGCAUCGCCUUCGAUGAGGUGUUGAGGUCGGCUGCCGACUCAAUCGCCUGGAUAUCCGGCUGAGGGUCCUCAGCACCAUCCUAGCAAACAGCACCCCGAGGGAACUCACACCGAAGACCAGGGGUGGAUUGAGGACGGCGAGAUCGAACUUGGCUUCCGGGUGCUCCUUCAUGAAGCUCCACGCAGCUGGAUGAAGACAUGGCUCAAUUGGCAAGAUAGCAGACCAGCCUCCAACACGCACCCCGCUCAGCCAACGUCUUGCUGGCAUUGUACUUGACAUUCUGGCUUGCUUUGGCACCGAGCGACGCGACCUCCUUGAUAGCGUUCUCGUUCCAGUCCGUCUCGCUGAAGACGGUGGGUGUCGUCACCGUCUCAUCGCGGACGGAAGCGCAUGACGACGUAACGACGACACGGCGGACAUUCGUGCUGCGAAGAGGGGCAUCCCGACCGUACCCUUAACCGCGGGCUCGAUCAGCUCUGCCAAGCAGAUGAGCACAAUCCCAGACACGGCCGAGCACAGGCGCCUCACCGGCGGGCUCGUUUGCCUGGAAGUGGAACGGGGAGGCGGUGUGCGCGAUGCCGUCCACGCCCUUCACGGCCUCGUCAAACGCGCCAUCCUAUCGCAGCGUCGCGUGUGCGCGUCAGACGAAUAGGAACAGGGGGCUGCCGUGACGCACAGCCGUGAUGUCGGGAACAAUAACCACUUCAAACCGCUCGCCGUACGCGCUGAAGGUGUCCAGCAGGUACUUGCCCUUGUCGGAUGACCGGACCGUCCCGCGUACAGAGUAGCCUUCUUCUAGGAACGUGCGGACCACCCACUACGCACAGCAGCUCAGAUCAGUCGAGAAGACAGGGGACGAUGACAGGACGGACGACGGCGAUGAAUCCGUUGGCGCCAGAAACGAGAAUUUUACCAGAAGAAGACAUGGAGGGCAUUUUGGUCUGUAAAGAUGGGG